AGCCAAUGGCAGCGCGGGAUUCUCUCCCGCAUCCAACCCGAAUAACUGCAGAUGCCCGCAUCGGAGCAGAGCCGUUCCCUCUUUCCGCCGCUGAGCGACCAAGCCUCCGUCUAUUUUUGGAAUUCUGCGCGCUUUUCUCGGAACUCGGUUUCUGGACCGAUGUCCGCCGGACUGUUCCACUUGAGUCGGUAAUGAGCGUCGUGGCGGGGCUCCAGCGGCAGCGGUCGUCCUGAUCUCAUUUCUCAAUGGAAGACAUUUUUCCCCUUCUCCGAGCGCAGGAGCGAAGCCCACACCCGCACGCGUUCCCCCCACCGCGCUCCCUGUGUGCGGGGCUGAAGGAAGCGCUGAAGGAGGGAGAAGACAGACCCGCGCGUCUAUGACGCACCGCGGGACUCUGGAGGAACGGAUUUUUACGCACAGGAGGUUGCAGUAACGCCGACGAGCGGAGUCCACAUUUUCAGCACCUUUCAUGCAGCGAGAGGAGGUGGUGGUUGGAAUGCGGGAUCUGAUAUGAGAGCACGUUCAGAAGGUUGAGUUUCCUGCAGAGAACAUCUGAAUCGAUCUCUUCUCUCGUUGUGUCUCCCAGUCCUUUCUUUUACCCGACUAUUGCAAAGCAUUAUGGGAACAGUGCUCUCUCUGUCACCAAGCUACCGCAAGGCGGCUCUGUUUGAAGACGGCCCUGCCACUGUCGGUCACUACACAGCCGUUCAGAACAGCAGGAACGCCAAGGAUGCUGCUGCGGCGGCCAAGUCGCUCAAACGCCCAUCCAUCAUUAACGCUUUGCCAUGGAAACGCAUCGUGGCAGUCUCUGCAAAGAGGAAGGGUUCAAAGAAACUUCCAUCAGAAGGUGGAGAUGGCGGGAAAGGGAGCUCCCCUGAGAGCCCAGCAGCCACUACAACCAACUCUGCCUCAAACAGCUUGAAGCUAAAUAAGUCUCAGUCCUGCAAUAACCUCUCCUCUUACUCAUCCAGCCAAGAUUCCUCUGCACCAACAAUCACUGCUUCAUCCCAGUUACCAACCUCCAAGACCUUGGCAAAUGUAGCUGCAGUUGUUGCAAAAAAAAAUUCCAUCACAGGACCUGGAAUCCCGCCGUCCACCACUGCUGGCACUCCCAAACGCGUCAUCGUCCAGGCGUCCACCAGCGAGCUGAUGCGUAGCCUGGGAGAGUUCCUCUGCCGCCGCUGCUAUCGGCUGAAGCGCCUGUCCCCCACUGACCCGGUGCUGUGGCUGCGCAGCGUGGACCGCUCACUUCUCCUGCAGGGCUGGCAGGACCAGGGUUUCAUCACGCCGGCCAACGUGGUCUUCCUCUACAUGCUGUGCCGAGACGUGGUGACGGCGGAGAUGGCGUCUGAGCGCGAGCUGCAGGCGUCACUGCUCACCUGCCUCUACCUGUCCUACUCCUACAUGGGCAACGAGAUCUCCUACCCCCUGAAGCCCUUCUUGGUGGAAGCAGAGAAGGAGGCCUUCUGGGACCGUUGCCUUGACAUCAUCAACCGUAUGAGUGGCAAGAUGCUUCAGAUCAACACCGACCCGCACUUCUUCACUCAGGUCUUUGCUGAUUUGAAGAAUGAGAGCAAACGAGAGGAAGAAAAAACCAAGCUGCUCUUGAGUCUUGACCGAUAAGAAGGCGAGGAUAGCCCACCAACACAUUCGAGUUGAACAUUUGUCUGACAUCUCUACCGUUUCAUAACCAAACAGAUUCUAUGGUUGUAGCCUACAAGGAAGACUUCUGCCAUAAAACAGCAUAGAAAACCCUCAAAUUGGGAAUUGAGGCCCCAAAUUCUAAUCAAAUACCCUUUUUUACAUGAUCGCCGUGAUUUAGUGCAGGUGUGAUUGCUGGGGGGGGUCACUGCACCUUCAGCUGUGUUUUGGUGGUACAUUCUGAUCUGAUUACAGCCUAAAAGGCUCCAAUCUAGCAGUCUGCAGGAAAUAACAGACAGGAAAACAACGGUCACUGCAAUUGAAAGCUACCAACAGUGCAGGUUCAGUGUCUUUGGCAGCAUGAAUCCUUUUCCUUCCCGCCUCUCAGCAUGGCUGUCAUGAGUACAGAUAUCCACCCUCCACUCCACGAGGUCACAGGCUCCUCCACACGUGAUGGUUUCAGUUUGCUUUCAGGGAGCGAGGACUUCUCAUGAAGUGGUCUGAAGAAACACUUCUUAGUUUUCUGAAGACCUUCCUUUCAAAGAUUCUUUACUUUGACAUCAGUGCAUUUUUAAUUCAUCUUCAGUCCAGUCCAGGCUUUGGACUGGAGUCAUGAGUCAGUGUUUCACUCUAACGUGGAAAUCUAUCCGUUCUUCUUUGUGGAGGAGCUCAAACGUCCUCUGGUUUCAGCACAGCUGAACAGAAGUAACUAGUUCUGCUUUGGCACAGAAAGCUCCUCAUAAAGGUUGUUCUCGUAAGGUUCUGUCAUCUGACAGCACAGAAUUAUCCUUCAAAUCAGGACUGUUUUCUUUAAAAGAAGAAGGACUGGAUAAAAAUGAAAGGCAGUUAGCGAUCAAAGAAGAUCUUUGAAAGGCUUUCAUGGACUUUAGAUCAGACACAUGCGCUGACAUGCUGAUGUCUUUGCAUUUAUCUUUCUAACCAGUUUGGUGUCAUGAUGCCUGAGCGUAGCGUACCUGUGCGUACCGUACGUAGCGUACCUGUGUGAGCAGAAAGCUCCUCUGUCAGAGCAGAUGAGCUGUGCUGCUGAGUAUCCAAACUACUGUACUUUUGAAAGGAAACUGGUUUUCCCUGGAGAACAGGGAGGUGAGACGGCCUCCGUGAAGGCGGUUACCAGGCCUCCCUUUGAUGUUUACACGUGCGGGAAAAACUGACCUACCGACUCAUUUGGGACAGUUUUCUCCCUCUGCACCCACAUGGUGUAUUGGUGCUGACUUAUGGAGAUUUUCCUGAAAAGGGGAACAAACACAGAAAGGCAGAAAGAGUGAAGGAGUAGCCUGUGGAGCGAUGUGAUGAUCCGUGACGGCGGGGACAUGCGGCCCCUCAGCACCAUGUGAAGCUUCCACCAGGAGCCCCAAAGACCUCCUUUGCAUCCUCCACCUCUUUUUCUGCUUUCCACAGCAAACUGGACAAAGGAUAACGUGUCUGGCUUCCCAGUCCGUUCUGACUCCACUGCCCUGACCCAGAAUAGACCAGCUGAGCCAUAUUUGGAGCACCUGAUGGUCCGUGCACUCUCUGUUGUAACUCAUGCAUGUGUGCUUCUGUGGGCUUCUUGGCAUGCAGCUUUGUGUUGGGUGUACCACUCCUCAUGUUGUGGCAGUGUUCACCAUGUUGGACUGCUGGAAGGGGUCAGACUGAGGGACCGGACACCUGUCUGCUAAAUGACGUUGGAACUGGGUUUCUCUGGUUCUGAAUAACAGAAGAAUCCAGAACAAAUGGGACAUUGUUUGAAAAUGUCUUCCCCUAAAUGACAGAAAAACUGAACUCCUCCACUUCUCCCUGCGGAGCUUCUUCCCUCUGAUGGGGUCAAGUUCAGUCUAACCACAGGCAGCAAAUAGUUUGGAAUUUUGGGAGAUUUUGUGCCAUAUCUGUGUGAGGACAGACAGACAAACGUGGGGCAGCUCAACACGGACUCAGACAAGAAACAGAAAACAAACUUCCAAUUAAUUUGUUUUGUUUAUUUCUGAAAAACAGUUUCUGAAGGUUUUUCCAACAGACAGGAUGUGAAGGGUUAAAUCAGACAGAGAGGGAUGAUGGGACCAGAAACAGCUGAGUUAGACUCAUGCCAGGAAGAGAGGAAACCCAAGACUUGACUUUCUGACGGGUUAACCGAGUCACAUUAGGAUUCUAGAGACGAUUCUUGAACAGGAUCUGCUUUUUGUCUGAUUCUUCUAGAGGAUCCUAAAGUGAUGCCAAAGGCCAACAUUUUCAGGAGAAAUCUCACCUCACAAAGACGUCCCUGGUUCAAAUCCCAGCAGGCUCCUGUCUGUGUGGAGUUUGCAUGAUGUCCCUGUGCAUGGGGGGUGGGGUUCUUCCCACCGUCCAAAAGCAUAUUUCAGAGGUUAAUUGGGAAAUCUAAAUUGUCCCUCAGGUGUGUGUGUGGGUGUGUGUGUGUGUGUGUGUGGUUUUGUGUGUGGUUUUGUGUGUGUGUGUGUGUGUGUGUGUGUGUGUGGUUGUGUGGCCCUGCGUCACACUGGAACCCUCUCCAGUGUGUCCCCCGCCUUCAGCAGUAGCUGGGAUAGGCUCCAGCAGCCCUGUGACCACAGAAAGCGGACGGAGGGAGAACGUUUGUUGGCUGGAAUGUUGUCGUUGUAGAAAAACGGGAUUCAAACGUCUUGACUGAUGUGGAAGGACUCCAGAAUCCAAACUUCAUCCUCUCACUCCUCAUUUUCUUUACGGAUUUCACAACACAACUCUGUGUCUGACAUUCGUCUUAAACUGACACAAGAUUGCAAUUUGCACAGUGUAAUUGUGCAAGUUGUGUAAAUGCAGACAAAUGUGUGUCAAACGUGUAAAGCUAGAACCAAACUAAUAAAGUUAACUUUAUUUAUCCUCAUAUCUGACAGCUGCAGACCAUCGGUUCUUCUGGACAACGUCUGGAUCAGAUUUAGCCGCCGAGCUUGGGUGUCUGAUGGGUCCUUCAUGACCCUUUGGACUACAAACCCCCCCUAAACGUCCCCCAUAGCCGUCAUGCCAGAUGCUAGUUUCUUUUGCACGCCGUGGUUUGUUUGCUUUUAGUUUGAAAGACUCAUCUUUAGGGUGCAUGCUCAGACUGCUGCAAACAGCUGCAGUCAAUAAAUCAGCAAUUCUUCAUAUAUGCAGAAACUAUUUUGGAUCCCAGAGCUCUGGCCUUUUGGGGGGGAACAGAAAGUGUUGAUAAAGGAUUGAUGAAGUAUUCCACGUGUCUAACGGACAUGCGUGGGUUGGUCCGACCCGGUCCUGGUUCUGUGCUCAUUCUAUGUGCUCCGUUCUGCUGCUAUGGUGACAUUUACAACCAUGAACUUGGUUUUAUGGCUCAUAUGUAAAUGAAAGUGUGUUCAUCUAAAGACUUCUGGUGUUAAUGCUGCAAACUGUAACUAUUUGGAUGUAUGAUUACGUAUGUGAGAAAACAGUAUUUGAUCAUCUGUUCCAGGUACUUUCUAUAAAAGUCUUUCUGAGAUUCA